CUCCUUUUGGGAUUAAUCAAGUGCAUUCAAGACGCAACCUGACAGAAGCAUGAGUUUCCUCAAACAUAUUCACAAAUUGCACAUUGUUAGUUGCUAGCAAAACGUGACGGAACUGUAUUAACCUUUGCAGAUCUGCAGAAGAUUUAAACAUGGAGAAUUCCUGUGAGCCCCAAAAAAAAAUAACUCACGAUCAAGAGUUGGUUGAGGAGUCAGUUCAGCUUGAUAAUGAAGUUGCUAAAGUGUUAGAGCAAGACGGCGGAGGCGAAGUGGAAGCGGAUUCAAUUCCAAAUGUCAGCAGCAACAGCGUCGUCGCUCUUGCUGUUCAGCCAGUUCACGGCCGCGAAUUGGAAUCUGAUUCCGGCAUCUCAAGUGGACAGGUUUCCAGCAUGGAAUGGUGGCGGCGCGUUCGAAUCGUCGGCAGGAUGGAAUUCAAUAGUGCGGAGAGAAUGCGUGAUAUGACUCCUCAAUCCAUAGCUAACGAACUCCGUAGCAUGCGCCCCGAUCAGCGUUUCUUAGCCGAGUAUAUUAUCUGCUCGACGCUCGCCCUUGGCCGCGCAGAUCGUAUAUUGACCACCAUUCCCAAUUUCAACUCCGUCAGCGAUGACGAUGAUGCGCAAUAGGGCAAAAAUAUUGGAGAAACGCCCCUAUAUGACGCAUAAUAAUAAAAUAGUUUGUACUUCAUUUCAAAUGUUAAUAAUUCAAUAUUUACAAAAAGGAAGUAUAUAACAAAAAUAAAAUAUCACCCAAACAUGAAAU